AUGGAUGCAUCUCGUAUGGCCAAUGACCUGCAGGAGCUUCAGCGCAUCUUUCCAGGAGCGGAUUCAGCCCUCCUCAAGGACUUUUACGAACAAUCUGCUUAUAGAUUGGAUCUUACUAUUGACUUUCUGAUGGCGGAUCCAAGCGUGGCUGAGAAGCCUGUGGAGCGGCCUAUCCACAACGAGGCUAGAGGAUUUCUUACACAGUCCCAACAAGCCAGCAGCAGCGGCGGACCGAGGGAGAUUCAACGUUAUGCUCGGCAGGUUGCCUCUGUUCCCUAUGUGGUUCAUCACACGCAGGAUAUCAAAUGCCUAGGAUGUGAAACAUUGGCUAUGAGAGGCGGUCUUUUUUGCUCUCCAGACUGCAUAUCGCGAUAUCUGCAGAGAAGCCCUUUGGCGCCGCUUCCCCUUAAUCAUCCCGUUCGUGGUGAUAUUGAGAGCCAGUUCACUGCCGAGUGGAGACACGAUACCCCGUGUCCCAAAGUUCAGUUCGUCUACGCCAUUAUCUCUGCUCCUGCGACAGCAGAACGCUAUGCUGCAUAUCGAGACCUGGUGGAAAGCAAACGACGGUGUCAGGAAUUCAACCUGAAGCCAGGCGAGUACACGAAGCGAUCUAGGGUGCCCACACAUGUUGGCGAAAAGAGCACUGAACUGUGCGAUGAUGAGCUAUGUGCACUAUGCCAGAUUAUCAAGACCUCCUUUGAUGUAGCAAAGUUUGGAAAGCGAUGGGGAAGAUUUGGCACAGGCAUUUAUACCUCUGCAACGUCCUCCAAGUCCCAUGACUAUAUUCGCAACCGCAGCCGCAAUCUCUGGAAGCUGAGAACUGCCUCACCCUUUCAAGCAAUCUUGUUGAACCAGGUCGUCGUUGGGACCAGCAAGCACCUGCAAGUAAAUGCUGAUUAUCUCAAACGUCCGCCAGAAGGCUACGACUCUGUUUCUGGAGAGGCAGGGAGAGACCUAAACUAUGAUGAGACGGUGGUAUACUCCAACGAGGCAAUUCUUCCAGCCUUUCUGAUCCUCUAUGCAUGA